AUGCUCCCCCUCUCCGUCGCCUUUACGCUCCUGGCCGCCCUCGGUGGCCGUGAGGUCGCCGCUGUCCGUGCCGUCUCUGAGCAGGACUUUGCGCUCCGCAACACCGCCAUCGAGAAUGCCAAGCGUGCCAUUGGCAACUCGCUCGUUCGCCGCCUUGACGCUACCGACUAUGCCCCUUACCAGGUCGACUGCCCGGCCAACGUCACCUGGGUCCGCCCUGCCAGCGGCCUCGCCGACGGCGAGACCAAGUACCUCGCGGACCGUGCGGCACAGAUUGACAGUGCCGUCAAGACCCUCACUUCGCAGGUCGGCCUCAACGAGCCCGCGCGUCGUCCCGUUAUCGGCCUUGCGCUCUCGGGCGGUGGUUACCGUGCUACCAUCAACACCCUUGGUCAGACCCAGGGCCUCAUGGCCAACAGCCCCGAGGCCCAGGCUGCCGGUACUGCUGGCUGGCUGGAUGCCGUGUCGUACAUGACUGGUCUGUCUGGUGGUUCGUGGGCUGUCGGCUCAAUCAUGGCCAACGGCGGUGCGCUGCCCUCAGACCUCGCCAAGGACGUCUGGAACCUCGCCGAGUCGUUCAUCUACCCGACCAGCACCAACAUUACCACCUACUACAGCGAGCUCUUCUCUCUGGCUGCCGCCAAGCAGGCUGCGGGCUUCCCUGUCCAGGUCACCGACGUCUACGGUCUCGCUCUCGGCGAGCACCUGCUCCCUACCAAGUGGCGCAUGGCCGGAACGCCCAACAUCACCUUUUCGCAGCUCCUGUCCGAGGUCGCCGAGCUCCAGAACGCUAGCCUGCCGUACCCCAUCAUCACUGCCGUCGGCCUCGAGGACCCCGCCGCCUCCGGCAACAUCACCUCGGUCGUCUGGGAGUUCUCGCCUCACGAGUUUGGUUCGUGGUCGCUCGGCACCGAGUCGAGCAUCGAGGGCUACUUCACCCCCAUCGAGUACCUCGGCUCGGGUGUCAGCGCCGGUGCCUCCAACGGCACUUGCUACAAGGGUCUCGACCAGCUGACCUUUGUCAUGGGUACCUCUGCGACUCUGUUCAACGAGAUGGCCGCGUCUGGCAUCAGCAUCACCGCUCUCCUGAGCGCCACCGCUGAGGAGCUCGCCAUCUUCAACAACGUCACCGAGAACGUCUCCACCAUCCCCAACCCCUUCGUCGGCGAGUCUCUCGUUGCCAACACUGUUGCCGACGAGUCGACCCUCACCCUCGUUGACGGUGGUGAGAACGACCAGACCAUCCCCAUCUCGCCCCUGCUCGCCAAGGACCGUGCUGUUGACGUUAUCGUCGCGUUUGACUCGGCUGGUGACACCGCCACCACGUGGCCCGACGGAGCGUCGAUGCUCGCCACUUACGAGGCCGCCGUCGCCGAGGCCCAGUGGACCAACUCGACCCCCAGCUUCCCCGAGGUCCCCAGCACCAACACGUUCAUCAACCUUGGCCUCAACACCCGCCCCACCUUCUUUGGCUGCAACUCGACCGACACCCCGCUCGUCAUCUACGUGCCCAACUACCCCUGGCUGUACAUGUCCAACACGGCCACUCUGCAGCUCGCGUACCCCAACGCGUCGGCCGUCGCGCAGCUCGAGAGCACCCAGAUGUCCAUGACCCUCAACGGCACCGUCGCCGCGUGGCCCACCUGCCUCGCGUGCGCCUUCACCGACCGCGCAAACUACACCACCGCCUCGAACCGUUCCGCCGACUGCACCAAGUGCUUUGACGCCUUCUGCUGGGACGGUACCACCAACGACACCACCCCGGCCGCAUACAACGUCUCGGUCGGCGUCCCCGAGUUUAUCAAGAACCUCAACCUCACUCUUGGCGGCUCGUCGUCCGACUCCUCCACCACCACCAGCAAGAGCGCCGCCGUCGGCCGCCAGACCGGCAAGCUCGCCGUCGCCGCUGGUGUCGUCGCUGCCGGCCUCGCCCUCGUCAUGUAA